UAAAAAAAAACUCUUGUUGCAGGUGGAAUUUGAAAUACAUAAUAUAACCAAGUUUUUGUAUCACAAGUUCAUUGCAGUUAUAAAUUUGCAUCAUGGUACUAGCUCACACAGUCAGUGAUAAGAUAAGGACUAAAGAUAUUCAGAUUCUGCAAGAUGUUUCAUUUGAUACCAUGCUCCUGUCAACAAAAACACUAGAAGGGUUAAAAAAUUCAGGUUUCUAUAAACCAUCUCCUGUGCAAUUACAUGGAAUUCCCAUGGGAAAAUGUGGUUUUGAUUUGUUAUUAGAAGCUAAAUCUGGAACUGGUAAAACUGCUGUAUUUACUGUGAUUGCAUUGGAAAAAAUUGACCUAAAUUUAGGCUUACAAGUUCUAAUAUUAAGCCCAACAAGAGAAAUAGCAGCACAAAUAUGUGAUGUAAUAAAACAAAUUGGGUCAACUUACACAGGUCUUUGUGUGGAAGUAGUGAUGGGAGGUUUGCCAGUCCAAGAUGACAUUGAAAAAUUUAGUAAAAACAAAGUCCACAUACUGGUUGGAAGUCCGGGAAGACUAAAACAUUUAAUACAGGAUAAACAUAUAGAUAUGUCAGCUGUGAGAUUGUUUGUGCUGGAUGAAGCUGAUAAAUUAAUGGAAAAAAGUUUUCUAACUGAUAUUAAAUAUAUUAGCUCCAAUUUGCCCCAACAGAAGCAAGUGAUUAUGUCCAGUGCUACAUAUCCAGAUAGUUGCAAAGAAUUUUUAAACCAGUUUGUCCACGGAGCUCAACACAUAUGCCCAGAAAACAAUUCUGUUCUCUUGGGUGUCAGCCAGAAAGUUACUUAUGUCAAAUACAACAGUAACAUUGUGAGACAAACUAAAUUCAGAUUUGAGGAACUCAUCAACAUUUUAUCAAAUUUGCCAUUCAAACAAUGUCUAAUAUUUUGUAAUUACCAAGCCAGAGUCACUGAGUUGAAUAGAAUGCUGAAGAAAGCUGGUUGGCCAGUUGAAAUGUUACAUGGGCAACAAGAUCAGAACGAUAGGCUGGGAGCACUCAAAACUCUUCAAGAAUACAAAUGUAGAAUUUUGAUAUCUACUGACUUGGCAUCCAGAGGAAUUGACGCCUCAAAUAUAGAUCUUGUGAUUAAUUUUGAGCCACCCUUUGAAUGGCAAACAUAUUUACAUAGAAUAGGCAGGGCUGGAAGAUUUGGGUCAUACGGUACUGCAAUUACUAUUGCUAGUGAAGGCAAUGAACAAAAAAAGUUUAUUGCUUUGUUUGAAUCUCUAAAUUCUUCUGUUAUUUUAAGUGAAUUUUGGGCUGGUAAUAAUAUUGUUCAAGGUGAUAAUAAUCAUAAAACUGAAGAAAAAACCCAAUGUCAGAAUCCGUGUAGUGAAACUAAUAAUGUAAAUAAAUCAGCUGAAAGCAAUGAACAUAAUCCACCCAAUGCAGGUAAAAUGGAAGAGUAUCAUAGCCUGCUUUUUAAUGACUCUCAGACACAAAAAGAAAUAGAGUCUUUUGCAGAUUUAUUGCUUUCCUAUGAAGAAUAUAAUCCCACAGAUGCAAAGGUUGAAUCUGCAUAUACUUGCAUUGAGUUACCAACACUUUCCUUUAAUGAGGCAUUAUUGCAACCAGAUUCAACAACAUUCAACCUAGAAGAUCAAGCAGGUAUAUCUAACAAAGGUACUUUAGAAUUAGUUCCAGAACUAAAUAAAACAUUGCAAAACAAAAGCAACGAUAAUUUUUACAGCGAAGUUGUUUAUAAUAAUGAAGAUUUUAUAAAACUUGGCCUGCCAACAGAAUUUUCAAGUUCAAAGAACAAAAGAAUUUGUAAUGAUAUAAAAGAAAUAGAAAUUAAUAAUAAUGAUAAAGCUAAACAUACCUUUAUGAAAAAAAGGUUUGAUACAAGUAACAGCUGUUGUCGGAAAUACAACAAAGCGCGGGAAGAAAAUGAAUCGGAACAUGGAAAUUUACAAAUGAAAGCACAUAACAAAAUAGGAAAAGCAAAAAAAUCAUUUUCUGUAAAUGAAACUUCAGAUGAAAGUUCAGAAUCUGUUUGUAAUAAGAUUAAGUUGGAAAAUAAUUACCAAAACAAAAACAAAUAUAAACACAGAACUGAAAAUAGACAAGACAAAAUCAAUUAUAAAGUUAAGCAUUAUGAAAAUGGAAAAGAAAAAAUAAUUGAAAAUGACUCUGAAAGUGAUAGUUAUUCUAGUAGCACCUGCGAUAGUUCCUAUUUAAAAUGGUACAAGCAGCUAAAACUAAGAACAAAACAAAUAGAAAUAUCAAUUUAUAUUAACGAGUUAAGCAGUAUUCGAUAA